CAGCUCUUAACCUGCUGCUCUGACUCAAUCUGGACUUAUAUUAAACACGAGGUUGUUAGAAGUGCAGCUCGUGGACAUGACGGACACAACUUCACUGUGAAACUUCUCAUUUCUUCACCAAGGACUCACCUCCGUCAUCUGAACCUUCACCUCCGUGCGGUCCUCAUGUCGGUGUCCCUGUCCAGCGUCCCCACAGUGCUGAAGGACAGGAGCUGCUUCCAGGCCGGCAUGCUGAAGGGCAACCCGGCUCGAGGCUUCUACCCUGCCCCUCUCCCUCCCCACCACCACCACCACCACUACAUGGACUUCUUCCCGCGGACUCACAGCCUCCUCCACCCGCUCAAGUCUCUCGGUCGCCUGGUGUCUGACACUCAUGCGUCGGUGCCGCUUGGCCUGCACGCGGGGGCCCCCCCGUUCCACCAGCACACCUCGGUCCUGCACGAGCACAUGUUGAGCUCCUCCGGCAUCCCGUACCUGAGCCAGGUGCUGCCCGGACAGCUGCUGUACUCCAAACAGGAGGAGUUGGCUGCCGUGGUGACGGAGCACGCGGCCGGCCCGCUGUCCUCGGACUUCAGCAGCCCGGCCAGUGAGAGGUCUUCCUCGGCCACCUCCCCGCCCAAACAGAGCCUGUUCCGCCGGCGGAGCGCGGAGCUGACUCCAGAAAACACUCGCGCAUCUUUUAACUUUAGCGAGGAUGACCUGUUCACCGUGCUGUACGGGUACUCCGGCAGCCCGGAGCGCAGCGUGGGGCACGCGCUGUCCGGACUGGCCCUGCCCGAGAAGUCCGUUUCUGACUCUCACAUUCUCCCGCUGGACAAAGACACACUUGAACUUCCAGAAGGGUUAAGCAUCGUGCAGGCCGCGUGGGGAAACGUCUCGCACUGCGGGGUUUUCACAGAGAAGAGCAGCAUCCCGAAGGGGACGCGAUUCGGACCUUUCCGAGGGAAACUGGUGAACACCAGCGAGAUCAAGACAUACGAUGACAACACUCUGAUGUGGGAGGUGUUUGAAUACGGCCGCCUGAGCCACUUCAUUGACGGCAGAGGAGGCUCCGGGAACUGGAUGUCUUUAGUGAAGUGUGCUCGUUUCCCAGAGGAGCAGAACCUGACUGCUGUGCAGGUCCAGGGUCAGAUCUUCUACGAGGCCUGCAAAGAGCUCCGGCCCGGCCAGGAGCUGCUGGUGUGGUAUGGAGACUGCUACUUGCAGUUCCUCGGCAUCCCCCUCACCCUGAAAGACUCCCGCGAGGACAGCAGCAGCGGGGGUCCUAUAUCUGAAGAUACUGGGGACGGGUUCAAGUGUGACAGGUGCGGGAAGGUGUUCGCCUACAAGUACUACAGAGACAAGCACCUGAAGUACACGCGCUGCGUGGACCAGGGAGACCGGAAGUUCCCGUGUCACCUCUGCAACAGAUCGUUCGAGAAGAGAGACAGACUGAGGAUCCACAUCUUACACGUUCACGAAAAACACAGGCCUCACAAGUGCUCAGUGUGCGGGAAGAGUUUCUCUCAGUCCUCCAGUCUCAACAAACACAUGCGCGUACACUCUGGAGAGCGGCCGUACAAGUGCGUGUACUGCAACAAGGCCUUCACUGCCUCCAGUAUUCUGCGCACACACAUCCGCCAACACUCCGGAGAGCGGCCCUUCAAGUGCAAGCACUGCGGGAAGGCCUUCGCCUCUCACGCCGCGCACGACAGCCACGUCCGGCGGACUCACGCCAAGGACAAGCCCCCCCCCUGCGACCUGUGCGGGGCGACUUUACAGGACGACCAGGAGUUCAAAAAUCACAUGAAAAGUCAUCAAGAAAGGAAAAUCUUGGACAGCAAAGCUCUUCUGUCUUCUCCGGCGACUGCGUUACAGGAGAAGGACAAUCCAAACACUCAGAAGAACGCAGGACAAACCUUCCCUUGUUCCGGGGCAACAGUUUUAAAUCCGGAAUAUCGUCCCUGGAACUAACGAGAUACACUGUACUGUGUGUGUGUGUGUGUGUGUGUGUGUGUGUGUGUGUGUGUGUGUGUGUGUG